CCGCGAACGUUGAUCCGGUUCUCAAAACUAAAAGGAAAAUUUGCAAUUUUAUCUGCGGUACAAACCCGAAGCCUUGUAUCCAACACGUGUAAAAGUUGAACGCUUGAGACUUCCAUAUUCUGCCGGUGGAGUGAAAUGAAACAGCAAUAAUUCUUAGCUGAAGUGACCUCGACACGAGAUUCACACCUGUGUGUCUGCGAGUAUAUUGCAUUGCAUGGUCAAUCGAUUCACCGUCUCGGGAAGGUGAUCGCCUAGCGAAAGCCGCAUCAUGAGUGGGAAUUGGCUUAUGACGCUUGGGACAAUUGUCGUACCGUCGGUUGUGAUUUGUUUCGUUUGCGUGGUUUCGUUUGUUAACUUUUAUUUAAACAUCAGGAGGCGCUUCCCGGCGAAAGUGAACUGUUGGUUUUGUAGUACCGACACACGCGUCCCGUACGAUCAAUCGAAUUCGUUCGUUUGUCCGACGUGCCGGCAGUACAAUGGCUUCACUGCGGACGGAGACUACAACCGGGAAAUACCGGAACAGUAUCAGCAGCGGCUGAACAAUUAUUACUAUCAUCAGCCGGCGAACAUCACCGAUGACGACAAGUGGGGUCAUUCUGCGCGAUCGAUCGCCAACAGCAGCGAGACCUCCCGCAAUGGUCUUUGCUUUGGUUGCAAUCGUAAUCAAGAGCUGAAAAUACAUCAGCUGGCGUCGUUUGUGCCGGAUGAUGAAGACAACUACGACGCCGAGGUGGAAGAAUAUCGCAAACAACUGGAACAGGCGUACAAACUCUGUGGCCGCUGUGAGCGCAUUGUAAAACGCACUCUGAAUGAUGUCAAGCGCAAUAUUUUGGGCUCGAAGCUGGCACAAAUUGGUAGCAAGGGGUUAAAGGCGCUCGACAUGCAUAUGAAAGCCUCCACGAAGCAGCUGGCGUACCUGAAGCGCCAACGGUGGGCAAAGAUUAGCAUUUACGCCAUCACGGGUUUGCUGCUGAUGAAACUAUGGCAAGAUGUGUCGGAGACCGGUUGGACUUUGGCAGACCUGAUGCUUCUCUGCCCGGCAUCUCUCCUUGCAACCAUCACGAGGGUUGUAUCCUAUGUACUGGCAAUGAAACAGCUGGUUUGGCAACAGUUUGAAAAACUCCUCUCCGAACCGGCCGUCCAGAGUACGACGGAACGCAUGGAAACGAUCGGCCAUGAGCUCCUCCAGCGCUACGCCCCACAACUUAUGCAAUGUUCAGCGCCUCUGCUCGAGUCCUUUACGGAGCAUGUUCCGAAUGAACGAAUAUCGUCCUUUCUACUCAACGGUGCCAUCAUGGCGCUGGGUGCGUUGCUCGCUUCGCUAGGUAACCAGCGGACGACCAUUAAACAGAUGCUUAUCUUUGGCCUAUGCACUAUCGAUUGCGUUUUAAAGUAUUUGCAGUAUGAAAAUACGAAGCUACAUCCUGCUUUGUUGCUGACACUGGCCGCACUUUGCCUCGCAAUUAGUUGCAUUGGCAAGCGCAUCAUCCGGACCGAUGUGACAAACGGAGGUGAUAUGAACUCUAGUUUCCACAAAAUUUACUCUCAACAGUGCACCGAAAGUGAUUACUCCGACGUGGACACUACGGUAAACGGCGAUCAAACUCCUGCUGCAUCUUUCCAACAUAAGUACUCCCCUAGACUCUCCACGGGAAACAACAUACUACGCCCCAGCAACAAUGUGUCCUUACUAGAGCCAAAACUCUUCCCUGCCAACGACACCGGAGCAAAUGUCAGCAGAAAAUCCCUCGAUACGACCAAAUCGGGGAGUCCUUCUUCUUUAUCAAUAUCGCCAACCAGCUCGUUUUUCAUGAACUCGUUUGCCGCCAACACCCCAAAGAUCAGUGGAUCAUUAUUUAACGUUGCGGAAGCUGGCCAGCGACCAGCGUUGGACGAAAGCAGAUCCGUGUUUAGUUCGGCUAUAGCUCCACCACCUGGAUCGCUGCUCAAAACGCCUUCAUUUUCGGUGGACGAUUUUCAGGCAACAUCCAAACUCAGUUGGAACAAUCGGAAGAGUGGCCCACCGUCAACGGCCUCCACUCGUGCAAAGCCAUUCCGGUACUCCAUGAGCACGAUAACGCAAGAGGCGGAUGCAUUUCGGGAAACCGAUGAUCCACUGAUCGAGGACGAUAUCGACCGACUUUCGAUCAGUGGACGGGUUUCGAUGAACAGCUCACUCCUCCGUCCCGCCGCCGGUGGUGGAAGUCGUGUAUCACUGGGAAACGGCAAUCCCUUCGCCCAGGUAAAUCCCUCAACCGGGGAUUUGGAUUAUGACGAGAUUUCCUCCGUAAGCCUGCGACAACGACGCCUUACCAAACCUCGACCUGCCGAAACGCUCGCUUCGACAAGAGAGUCGCUUUGGUCCGGCUUUUUGGCGACCGGGGCGGGCAGUGCACAGCAGCAGGCACACAUGUCCCGCACGUCAUCGCAGAGCUCCGGUUUUGAGUCGCAGGUGGGAACGACUCGACGAAACACACCGACAGAAACGGAGGUCUUAUCGGUGUACACCGUCGUGCCAGAGGAAACAUCGAAACCGCCACCGUCGCCCGUCCCAUCUUCGGCGUCCGUGUUUCACAGUCAGCGAAAGGGCACUCCCAGCAUCAACUCUCCUCAUACUCGUUCGUUAUUUGGCGAGCAAAACCUCUUCAACCAUACGCUCCAUCAGCAAACACCGCGCGAAAGAUCGUCUGCGUUAUUUUUCCCAAAAGUUAAUCACUACGCGAUGCCCGGUAACGGUGGGCCGGCCACUAUUGGAGGAAGUCCGAUGAAUCGGUACAUCUUCCCCCCGCAACAAUCGCAGACACCGUCCUCCUAUCAUCAUCAUCAUCCGCAUCACCAACCUCAUCAUACGCAACAACACCAGAACCAUCACACACUUGCCGGAAUCGGAGGCAGUGGCUCUACUCUUUCGCUGCAUUCGUUCCCUACAACUGGAUCCACGCUCAGCCUUGCUACCGGCAGGGACUUAUCACCACCGGAAACACCAUCCUAUCCAGCGCCAUCGAUGGCGGGGACCAGUUUCUAUACCUCCUCAAACAAAUCCAUGGCAAGCGGCAGAGCGAGUCUUCUCAACUUAAGUAAAUUAACCAACGAACAUACUGGUGGCACACUGCCCACAGUUUAGCUGGUUCGUGUAUCGUUCACAAUAUUAGUAGUUAGGUCAAUUGUUUGCCGAUGCGUUCCCGGAUUAUGCUUUCUACCCGACCCACUACUACUACUGCCGAAAGCAUUAUCCUGGUGCGCAUCAA